AUGUCUUCUGAAGAGAAAGACCCUCUCUAUGAGGUCUCCUUCGACACCCUCGAAGACCCAGAAGAUCCGCUUGCCCUCAGCGAUCUUCGAAAGUGGCUAAUCGUGGGGUUGAUCUCUUGUGGAUCCAUCUGUAUCACAUCCAUCUCUUCAAUAUGGUCGUUGGUAUCACCUUCUAUCAUGGAGGAAUAUCACAUCUCUCAGGAGGUUUCGACCCUAGGCAUAUCGUUUUACAUCUGGGGAAUGGGCACCGGAGGGAUGUUCUUAUCUCCGAUCUCCGAGUUUCACGGACGAAAGAUAGUGUACGUCUCAGGAUUAUUUUUGGUGUUUGCCUUUGGUUUGGUCCCGGCGUUCAGUCAUAACAUCGGCUCGAUUCUCUUCUCGCGGGCCAUUGCAGGCUUCUUUUCGUCUUCUUUCAUGUCUGUUGCUGGGGGCACCUUUUCUGAUCUAUUCAAGAAAACAGAGAGAACGGCCAAUUUCAAGAGAGACCAACAGAAAGAAUUGAACAAGGCUUUGUUGAUGUAUUCCGUCUCUCCAUUCUUUGGCGCCGGGUUGGGGCCAAUCAUCGCCGGUGCUGUUGUACAGUAUCUCCCAUAUCGAUGGGCUUUCUACAUAAUGAGUAUAUGGUCCGGCGUUAUGACUCUCUUGGUGAUUGUUUUUGUUCCUGAGACGUACGAGCCGGUUUUGCUCAAGAAAAAGGCUGCUAGGCUACGGAAAAGCACGGGCGAUGACCGGUACUUCGCUCCAAUCGAGAAAAUCAAGCAGUCCUUGGUCAGAAGCAUUUUUCUUUCUUCCAAGAGACCCAUUCUUCUUAUUCUCAAGGAUUACAUGACAAUGGCUCUUUGCUUCUACUCUGGCUUUGUGUUGGCAGUUAUCUACCUCUUCUUCGUCUCAUUUCCUUAUACCUUCAGGACCGUGUACCACUUUAAUUCAUUGGGCCAAGGUCUUGCAUUCAUUGGGCUCAUAUUGGGACUAUGCUUGACGGCCAUUAUAAGUCCACCAUUCAUCAAAAUAUGGUAUGACCAUUUGAUGGCUAAAAAUAAUGGCGUUCACGUCACGGAGUUUCGGCUCUUACCAUUAAUCAUCGGAGCGUUCCUUACGCCAAUUGGCCUAUUCAUACUUGCAUGGACCAGUUAUCCUCAUGUUCACUGGAUCGCCCCUAUAAUCGGGUCCUUUGUCUUUGGAGCAGGUACAAGUUUAGUCUUCAGUGGUAUUUUUGCAUACACCGUUGAAGCCUAUCGAAAAUAUACGGCAUCCGCCAUGGCUACCAAUUCCUUUGUCCGAUCUAUGAUGUCGGGUGCAUUUCCAUUAUUCGGUCUACAAAUGUACAAAGCAUUGGGAAUACAGUGGGCAACCACAAUCCUUGCAGUUUUUUCUUGUUUCCUAAUCCCGAUCCCAUUCAUUUUUUACAAGUACGGAGCCAUGCUUCGUGCAAAGAGUCCUUACACUUGGUCCGACUAA